UUGUCCGAACAGGGGAGCCGCGCAAAGGAGAAGACUGUUCAUCUUCUUCCUCUUUCGAACUAGCGGCGGGAGCAAGGAAGGCCGUCCUCCUCCUUCGGUUCGCUGCUCCCUCCCUUAAAUUCCAGCUUUUUUCGCCUUCGUCCUGCUCUCCUUUUUUUUCUUUCGUUUCCGCCAGACUCAGCCAUAUAGCGGCUGUGAGACGAAGCUCUACCACCAUCAGUGCUCCUCCUCUCUUUCCCUCUAGUUCCUGUUGUUCCAAAAUACAUUACGGUCGCCAUCGUCAGUGUCGUUUGCCAUUUAUCACUCCUUCAACGCAAAACCGAAGAGUUGCAGAACGAACCUCUCUUCGGGCUGAAUCCCCUGUGCAAUAUCGGUGCUCUAACUGCCGGACAAUCUUAGUUUCUUCUCAAUCAGAAGCGGACCAUCCUUCUCCCCAUCGAAGUCUGGCCAGCCGUUGUAGUAUCCGGCGACGUCUUAGGGAAUCAGCACAAAUCAGGAUGGUAGGGAUGAAUAAAGGGAAGAGCCGAUUCCCAGUAGGCUCAUAGAUUCCAAUAGAGAAAGCGGGAGAGAUUCGGAAGCAACAGCGAAAUCGAGUAUUCCAAUGGAAUAGAUUCUCUUGACGGAUGUGGCGAGUCCUCUACCUGCUCCUCUAUGGCAGCUCGGAAGAAAGUGCCUCGUCAUGUUGGCAUCUCUGGAUUGAUGGAGAGAGGCGGAGAGAUUGAAGAAGAUUUUCUAUCCCACAGAAACAUCUAUGAUAAGAUUUUUGUGGCAGUUGGAAAAGAAGUAAAAGAGAAUGAAUCCACUCUACUUUGGACGUUGAAGAACUCGAGAGGGAAGAAGAUAUGCAUCCUUCAUGUUCAUCAGCCGGCACAGUUCAUCCCGGGUCCGAUGGGUACAAAGUUUCCAGCAAGCAAAGUGAAGGAACAGGAAGUUGGCGCAUACAGAGAGCUGGAAGAGCAAAGGAUGCAUAAUAUUCUAAACGAAUACCUUGUCAUAUGUAUUAACCAAGGGGUAUGGGCAGAAAAACUUGUCAUUGAAAAUGAUGAUAUCAAGAAAGGUAUUGUAGAGCUUAUCACUCGUCAUGGGAUAAAAAAUCUUGUUAUGGGAGCAGCAGCAGACAAGAAGUACUCAAAGAGAAUGACAGAUCUCAAAUCGAAGAAAGCAAUUUAUGUGCGUGAAAAAGCACAUUUUUCCUGCUACAUAUGGUUUGUUUGUAAGGGGUUCCUCAUCUGCACAAGGGAAAGAGAAGGUAUAUUUGUAUCCCCUCCAAUUCUGCCAUCCAGUCCAUUCAGUGAAAUCAGCCAACAAGAGUACUUGAAAUCUCUAUCCUUUCCACAGGCACAGGUCCAUUCUUUGGCACUUUCUAACCCAUAUCAAAGUGACUUUGGACAAGCAAGAUCCUUGCAAUACAGCACUCAUGAGCAUGGAGAAAUAGGUGCAGCAUUUUCUUCCCAUGAAGGGUCUGGAAGAAUACAAACACCAGAGAGACAGUUAAGUAGUGAGGGAAUUGCUGGUGAAUUGGAAGGUAUAUCAGGAAAAAAAAUCUCUCAGGGUUCAGAGGAUCUAACAUGGCCUUCAAAUGAGGAGGCAAUAUCAGUAAGAGAAGAUCAGAGUGAUGAUGGGUCAGGGUUAAUCUCUUGGCAUGAUUCUAGCAUGGAACUUCGCUAUUCAUCUCCUGCAAAUAGACAACUGCUGGAUGAAGGAAGAGGAAAUGGUAAUAUGUAUGAUCAAAUGAAAAAGACCAUGGAGAAAGCCAUCGAGGAGGCUGAGAAAGCAAAGAAAGAAGCAUGGGAAGAGUCUACUAGGCGUCAAGAAGCCGAAAUGGCCCUAUUGGAGGCUCAGUGCAGGGCCAAGCAUGAACUCAAGCAAAGAGAAGAAAUAGAGGAAUUACGUGCAAAAGAAAAACAAGAACUAGAAAGCAUGAAGAGACACCAAGGCAAAGUCUUGGAGGAUCUUCGGAUUGCACAAGACCAGAACUCAGAAUUGGAGCGGACAUUGGAAGAGCUGGAGCAGAAGUUCUUCUCUGCCGUCGAACUCUUGAUAUCUCUUAAGAGCGAACGAGAUCAGUUGCGAAACGCAGUCAGAGAAGCUAAAAACGAACGAGAUCAGUUACGGAACGCAGGCAGAGAAGCUAAGGGGCUGAGGAGGAGUGAAGAGGAGGGCGAGAACCCGGAGAAUCUGCAUUUCUUUUCGAAGCUCUCUUUAUCAGAGGAGGGCGAAAUCCCGGAGAAUCUGCAUUUCUUUUCGAAGCUAUCUUUAUCGGAGAUUGAGGAAGCAGCUCGCAACUUUGAUCCGUCCUUGAAGAUCGGUGAAGGAGCAAACAGUAGUGUCUUUAAAGGACUUCUUCAUCACACUCCAGUGGCUAUAAAGAUGUUCCACUCUAAUAGCUCACAAGCCCACAUGAAAUUUCAACGGGAGGUGGACGUAUUGAGUAGGAUGAGGCAUCCAAAUCUCGUAAACCUGAUCGGAGUCUGCCCAGAAGCUUGUUCGCUCGUAUACGAGUACCUGCCUAAUGGAAGCCUCGAAGACCGAUUGACGUGCAAGGACAACACUCCCCCUCUUUCAUGGCAAACGCGAACCCUCAUUGCCACAGGGAUAUGCUCAGCCCUCAUCUUUCUCCAAUCCAACGCACUUCACAGGGUUGUACAUGGGGAUCUGAAGCCCGCCAAUAUCCUCCUCGACACCGACUUUGUCAGCAAGCUCAGUGACUUCGGUAUCUGCUGCUGCUUAUUUCCCCGUAAGGCGAACUCGGCCAGCAGCUCCACCCAAUGCCAUGAGACUAACCCAAAGGGAGUCCUCGCUCACAUGGACCCUGAGUUCCUCGAUACAGGAGAGCUAAUACCAAUGUCGGAUGUCUACUCGUUUGGAAUUGUUUUGUUAAGGCUUUUGACAGGGAGACCAGCGAUGGGGAUAGUGGAGGAGGUGCAACAUGCCUUGGAUAAGGGGAAGUUAAAACAAGUGUUGGAUGGAUCGGCAGGGAACUGGCCUUUUGUGCAGGCACAGCAAUUGGCUCAUUUGGCUUUAAGGUGCUGUGAGAGGAACCUGAAGAGCAGACCCAACCUUGCGUCAGAAGUGUGGAGGGUGCUUGAACCAAUGAGGGCUUCCUGCAGAACAUCGUCGCCCUUCUGCCUGGGUUCAGGGGAGCAUUGCCGGGCUCCGUCCUAUUUCAUUUGCCCCAUUUUCCAGUUGAAAUUGCAGGAAGUCAUGCAAGACCCGCAUGUGGCAGCAGACGGUUAUACAUAUGAAGCCGAGGGAAUAAGAGCAUGGUUGGACAGUGGCCACGACACUUCGCCCAUGACAAACCUUAAGCUCGCUAACAGAAAUCUCAUCCCCAAUUACGCCCUCCGGUCUGCAAUUCAAGAGUGGCGACACCAGUGACGGAUCAGCCAUGAUUUUUUUUAUUUUAGUUUUUACCUUUGUAAAGUAUCUCUAUUUCUUCUUCUCUAGUUGAAGUUAAUUUUUCCAUUUUAUUUGUUUUGUCUAUAGAGCAAAAAACGAAGGUUUAUUUGCGUGCAAUGUGUAGAACUGUACAAAAAUGACGAUACACGCAAAGGAUGAGAUUCUUUGGCGUUUA